AUGGCAAAUCUUAACCCACUCAUGGAUCCGUUGAAUCCUUAUCAUGUUCCUAAUGGUGAUAAUGCAAUUAUUUCUAUUGUUCCAAUUGUUCUGAAAGGGAACAAUUAUCAUGCUUGGUCACGUGCCAUGACAAUGGCUCUAACAUCAAAGAGCAAGAUGGAGUUUAUCAAUGGUUCUUUGUCAAAACCAGAUGUUGGUGAUGCAUUGCUACCUGCAUGGAAGAAAUGCAACAAUAUGGUGUUAUCAUGGAUCAUAAACUCUCUUGACCCAGAAAUCAUUCAGAGUGUUCUUUGGAUUGAUAUAGCAAAGGAUUUAUGGGACGAUCUACGAGAUAGGUAUUAUCAAGGUGAUGUAUUCAGAAUAUCAGAAUUACAAGAAGCAGUAUAUGCCUUAAGACAAGGAGAAUUGUCAGUCACUGCAUAUUUUACUCAACUAAAGGGAUUAUGGCAGGAAUUGGAAAAUUUCAGACCAAUCCCGAGUUGUACUUGUGCCAAUCAAUGUAACUGCAAAUUAAUACCAACCAUGAAAGCCUACAUAGAAGGAGAUUACGUGAUAAGAUUUUUGAAGGGUCUUAAUGAGCAAUAUUUUGUUGUGAGGUCGCAGAUCAUGCUCAUGGAUCCAUUACCGACAAUGAGUAAGGUUUUCUCUCUUCUUGUUCAGCAAGAAAGACAGAUGAAUAUCAUUAAUGGUGGUCAACAUGUAUUGACUGCAUAUAGUGGAACAAAUGGCAGAGGAAACUUCAAAGAAAGGAAUUUCAAAGAUAAUAAUUUUCAAUCAGCAGGCAGAGGCCGAGGUAGGGGCCAAGGAGGAAAGAAUCAAAAAGUAUGUUCCUUCUGUGGGAAAAAUGGACACACUGUGGAUACAUGCUAUAAAAAACAUGGUUAUCCUCCACAUCUCAAGAAGAAUUAUGCAAUCAACAAUUAUGUGGCUGAGCAUGAUGAUGAUGCUGAUGACAGACAAAACAUGAUGUCUCAAAGGGAGAUGGGAGAAGGUUCAAGUUUGGAAUUUACUCCUGACCAGCAUAAGGCCUUAUUAGAUCAACCAAUAGAAAACAAAUUUGAUAUUGUGAAG